CGGCCUCGUGGCGUGAGCCAAUCCUCGGCCGCGGGAGCCUCGCAGGAGUCGGCGGUGGGUGUGGCUUCGUAGGCGGCCGAGCGGGGUUAGGUUGCGGCGUCCAUGCUCGGCUGCCUUGUUCUCUUCUCUCUCUCCCUGGGAGGGGAGGGGAGGGGGAGCAGCGGCGCCUUCAAGGCUCCAUCGGAGCAAAGCAGGAGGAGGAGGAGGAGGAGGCCCAGAAGGCAGCUGCACUCCUGUUCUGUUUCCUUGGAAGUAAAUUCUAUUAGAAUAAAUGGGAUUUACCCUCAGGCAUGAUUGUUUCCUUGCCCUUCUGGGAGAUUUCUGCUAUUUUCCCUGUUGGUGAAAUCCUGACUCUGUUUUCCUACUGAAAUCAGACAUGAUCAGAGAAUACUCAGCCAGCUCUGAUCAGCCCCUUCUUUCAUAAGGGUUAUUCCAGCCUGAUCGUGUGACCCUUGGAAAUCUGAACUGCAGCUGAAACUGGAAAAAUAGGGGGAAACUGCCUCCCCUUGUCUUAGAGCUCAGACUCUUCCUUCUGCCAUGGCCGACCCCAUCAUGGACCUCUUUGACGAUCCCAACUUAUUCGGCCUGGACUCGUUGACAGAUGAGAGUUUUAACCAGGGUGCCCCGGACCCCAUUGAGGAGGCCCUGGGGUUGCCAGGUGGGGCCUUAGAUUCUCUGACCGGGGGAUCCAAGGAACAGCAAGCCCCACCACAGCCGGAAUCUGCCCAAGUACAGACUCUACCCCUCCCAGAUGCACAAACUGAGGCUGGACCUGAACUGUCCCAGCAGGAACAGCCAGGACUCCUACAGGCCUCACAGGAUCAGGAAGUCCUCAGCCAGGGCAACCCAUUCAUGGGUGUGUCCUCCACGACCACCACGCCAGCUGUAGCCCCCUCUUCAGCUGGGGGUGCUGCUCCUCCUGCUGCCCCAAAGAUCGUCAUUUUGAAGGCACCUGCAGGCAGUUCGAUGACAGGUGCGCAUGUGGCCCAGAUCCAAGCCCAGCCCAUUGGAGCAGCCAAUGGGGGCAAAGUCACCUUUGCCAAGGUACUGACGGGCACCCCUUUGCGACCAGGUGUUUCCAUUGUCUCAGGCAAUGCGGUGCUGGCCACCAAAGUGUCCCCUGGAGCCGGGACCCCUACCACACUCCAUCGGCUGGUGCAGCCUGGCCGACCUGUCAAACAGCUGGUGCUGCAGCCUGUCAAGAGCCAAGCUGCACCCAGCACUGGGACCACACCCCUCAAACCGGCUGUGACUCUGACCUCCACUCCAGCACAGGGAGAGUCAAAACGCAUCACACUGGUUCUCCAGCAACCCCCAGCAGGUGGAGGCACCCCAGGGCAACGGCAUGUGGUUUUGGGCAGUCUGCCAGGCAAGAUUGUGCUCCAGGGAAACCAACUGGCAGCUCUCAGUCAAGCUAAGAGUGUUCCAGGACAGCCCGCCAAGGUGGUCACCAUCCAACUCCAGGUUCAGCAGCCUGGCCAGCAGCAACAUCCAAGCGGCCAACCUGGGACUCAGAAGAUCCAACUUCUGCAGCAGCCCCCAGCUAGCACCUCAGGACAGCAAGCGCCCCUGAACGUUUCUUCAGUACAGCAGGCCCAAGUGGUGGGUGGCUCAGGACAGAGAGUGACGGUUCCACUCAAGGUCGUGCUUCAACCACAGGCCAGCUCAUCACAAGGUAGUUCUUCAGGACUCUCAGUUGUCAAGGUGCUGAGUAGUAGUGAGGUAGCAGCCCUUCCAUCCUCUAGCGGGACGACCCGGAGCAGCUCGGAUGAAUCCCGUAAGCUGGAACACCAGAAGAAGCAAGAAAAGGCCAACCGGAUUGUAGCGGAGGCCAUUGCCCGUGCCCGAGCACGGGGUGAGCAGAACAUUCCCCGUGUACUAAAUGAAGAUGAGCUGCCCAGUGUCCGGCCUGAGGAGACAGGGGAACGUAAGCGACGCCGGAAGGGUGGAGGUGAGCGUGUUCCCAAGGAGGAACGCCCACGAAAAAGCAGGGGUCAAGGAGGAUCCAGCAAGAGCAAAGGCCGGGGGAAGCCAAGCACCAUCACCCCAGUAGUAGGGAAGAAGCGAAAACGCAAUGCUUCUUCGGACAAUUCGGAUGCAGAGGUUAUGCCAGCACAGUCUCCACGUGAGGAGGAAGAGAGCAGCAUCCAGAAGCGGCGUUCGAAUCGUCAGGUGAAGCGAAAGAAAUACACAGAGGACUUGGACAUCAAGAUUACAGAUGAUGAGGAAGAUGAGGAGCUGGAUGUGACAGGACCUGUCAAGACUGAGCAGCCCCCAGCCCCAGAACCACCUGCCCCAGAACCAAUCCCUGAAGGGGAGACACUACCUUCUAUGCAGUUUUUUGUGGAAAACCCCAGUGAAGAAGAUGCUGCUAUAGUAGACAAGGUGCUCUCCAUGCGGGUGGUGAAGAAAGAGCUCCCCAAUGGGCAGUUCACAGAGGCAGAAGAAUUUUUUGUGAAAUACAAGAACUACUCCUACUUGCACUGUGAAUGGGCCACAAUUGCUCAGCUAGAGAAGGACAAGAGAAUACACCAGAAACUCAAGCGUUUUAAGACCAAAAUGGCUCAGAUGAGGCACUUCUUCCAUGAGGAUGAGGAACCUUUCAACCCAGACUAUGUGGAGGUGGACCGCAUCCUGGAUGAGUCGCACAGCAUUGACAAGGAUAAUGGGGAGCCUGUGAUCUAUUACUUGGUCAAGUGGUGUUCCCUUCCCUAUGAGGAUAGCACAUGGGAACUCAAAGAGGAUGUGGAUGAAGGGAAGGUCCGAGACUUCAAGCGUAUCCAGUCAAGGCAUCCUGAGCUCAAGCGAGUGGCCCGUCCCCAGGCAGGUUCCUGGAAAAAACUGGAGCUGACUCAUGAAUACAAAAACGGAAACCAGUUGCGGGAAUAUCAGUUGGAGGGUGUGAAUUGGUUGCUUUUCAACUGGUACAACAGGCAAAACUGCAUCCUGGCUGAUGAGAUGGGUCUAGGGAAAACUAUCCAGUCUAUUGCCUUCUUGCAAGAAGUUUACAACGUGGGCAUCCGAGGGCCCUUCCUGGUCAUUGCCCCUCUCUCCACCAUUACCAACUGGGAGCGGGAGUUCAACACCUGGACUGAGAUGAAUACCAUUGUGUACCAUGGGAGCCUUGCCUCCCGCCAGAUGAUACAGCAAUAUGAGAUGUACUGCAAAGAUUCCCGGGGACGCCUGAUCCCAGGUGCCUAUAAGUUUGAUGCCCUGAUCACCACUUUUGAGAUGAUCCUGUCAGACUGCCCUGAGCUGAGAGAGAUCGAGUGGCGUUGUGUCAUCAUUGAUGAAGCCCAUCGCCUUAAGAACCGCAACUGCAAACUGCUUGAUAGCCUCAAGCACAUGGACUUGGAACACAAAGUAUUACUGACUGGCACUCCACUCCAGAACACAGUGGAGGAGCUCUUCAGCCUCCUGCAUUUCCUUGAACCCUCACAGUUUCCCUCAGAAUCAGAGUUCCUCAAGGAUUUUGGUGAUCUCAAAACUGAGGAACAGGUGCAGAAACUGCAGGCCAUCCUGAAGCCCAUGAUGCUUCGGAGGCUGAAGGAGGAUGUUGAGAAGAAUUUGGCCCCUAAACAGGAAACCAUCAUUGAGGUGGAGCUGACCAACAUCCAGAAGAAGUACUACCGAGCCAUCCUUGAGAAGAAUUUCAACUUCCUAUCCAAAGGGGCAGGACAUAGCAACAUGCCCAAUCUCCUCAACACCAUGAUGGAGCUGCGCAAGUGUUGCAACCAUCCCUACCUCAUCAAUGGUGCAGAGGAGAAGAUUCUGACUGAGUUUCGGGAUUCCUGCCACCACCACGUGCCCCAUGACUUCCCCCUGCAAGCUAUGGUGCGUUCCUCCGGGAAGCUGGUGCUGAUCGAUAAGCUGCUUCCCAAGUUGAAAGCUGGGGGCCACAAGGUGCUUAUCUUUUCCCAAAUGGUCCGUUGCCUCGAUAUCCUGGAGGACUACCUCAUCCAGAAGAGGUAUUUGUAUGAGCGCAUUGAUGGGCGAGUGCGGGGCAACCUGCGGCAGGCAGCCAUUGACCGCUUCAGUAAGCCUGACUCAGAUCGGUUUGUCUUCCUGCUCUGCACUCGGGCAGGAGGGCUGGGGAUCAACCUAACAGCUGCUGACACAUGCAUCAUCUUCGACUCAGAUUGGAAUCCUCAGAAUGACCUACAGGCCCAGGCUCGCUGCCAUCGUAUUGGGCAGAGCAAAGCGGUGAAAGUUUACCGUCUCAUUACCCGCAACUCCUAUGAGCGUGAGAUGUUUGAUAAAGCUAGCCUCAAGCUAGGACUGGACAAGGCUGUUCUGCAGUCCAUGAGUGGGCGUGAAGGCAGCAUUGCUGGAAUCCAGCAGUUUUCAAAGAAGGAGAUUGAGGACCUACUGCGCAAGGGAGCCUAUGCUGCCAUAAUGGAAGAGGACGAUGAGGGCUCCAAAUUCUGUGAGGAAGAUAUUGACCAAAUUCUGCUUCGCCGUACCACCACCAUUACCAUUGAGAAUGAGGGGAAGGGAUCCACCUUUGCCAAGGCAAGCUUUGUGGCCUCUGAGAACAGGACUGAUAUCGCCUUGGAUGAUCCCAACUUUUGGCAGAAAUGGGCCAAGAAGGCUGACUUGGAUCUGGAUAUGCUCAACAGCAAGAACAACCUGGUGAUCGAUACGCCCCGGGUGCGUAAACAGACACGUCACUUCAGCACCCUGAAGGAUGACGACUUAGUAGAGUUCUCUGACUUGGAGAGUGAUGAUGAUGACCGGCCCCGCUCCCGACGCCACGAUCGGCACCACCACCCACUGCACCACUCAUAUGGCCGCACAGACUGCUUCCAGGUGGAGAAACAACUGCUAGUCUAUGGCUGGGGCCGUUGGCGAGAAAUUCUGUCGCAUGGACGAUUCAAGCGGCGUAUGUCUGAGCGGGAUGUGGAGACCAUCUGCCGGGCCAUCUUGGUCUACUGCCUCAUGCAUUACCGAGGAGAUGAGAACAUCAAAGGCUUCAUCUGGGAUCUUAUCAGCCCAGUUGAGAAUGGCAAAGCCAAAGAGCUUCAAAAUCACUCCGGCCUGUCCAUCCCAGUCCCACGGGGCCGCAAGGGGAAGAAAAUCAAGCCCCAGACCACCUUCGACUUCCAAAAAGUUGAUUGGAUUCGCAAGUACAACCCAGACACCCUCUUCCAGGAUGAGGGUUACAAGAAACACCUCAAGCACCAAUGUAACAAGGUACUCCUACGGGUUCGCAUGCUUUAUUACCUCCGCCAGGAAGUGAUUGGGGACCAGGCUGCGAAAGUGUUGGCAGGUGUUGUUUCCAGCGAAAUCGACAUCUGGUUCCCAAUGGUAGAUCAAGCAGAGGUUCCCACAGCCUGGUGGGAUGCAGAAGCUGACAAGUCGUUGCUCCUUGGGGUGUUCAAACAUGGCUAUGAGAAAUACAACACCAUGCGAGCGGAUCCUGCCCUCUGCUUUCUGGAAAAGGCCGGUCGCCCUGAUGACAAGGCCAUCGCUGCUGAGCACCGCCUGGAUGUGGGCGAGGGGGUGGAUUUUGAUAAGGACUGCGAGGAUCCGGAAUACAAACCGGUGGGAGGUCCCAUCAAAGAGCAAGAUGGAGAGGGUGACCCAUUGAUGAUGAUGGAUGAGGAAAUAUCUGUGGUGGAUGGAGAGGAAGGCCAACCAGGGAACCUGUUCUGGCCCCCAACCUCCACUCUCACAGCUCGUUUGCGGAGGUUAAUCACUGCUUUUCAGCGGAGUUACAAGCGUGAACAACUCAAGAUGGAAGCCGCAGAGCGAGGAGACCGCCGACGGCGCCGAUGCGAGGCUGCCUUCAAGCUGAAGGAAAUGGUGCGGCGGGAGAAGCAGCAACGGUGGACGCGGCGAGAACAGUCAGACUUCUACCGUGUGGUCUCCACUUUUGGGGUGGAGUAUGAUCCAGACACUAUGCGCUUUCACUGGAACCGCUUCCGAGCUCUAGCACGCCUGGACAAGAAAACAGAUGAGAGCCUUGCCAAAUAUUUCCACGGCUUUGUAGCUAUGUGUCGGCAAGUGUGUCGGUUGCCUCCAGCUGCAAGCGAUGAGUCUCCAGAUCCAACGCUGUUCAUUGAACCCAUCACGGAGGAGCGGGCCUCACGCACCCUGUACCGGAUCGACCUCUUAAGGCGCCUGCGGGAGCAAGUGCUAUGCCACCCACUCUUGGAAGAACGCCUCACCCUGUGCCAACCGCCUGGUCCAGAAAUGCCACCCUGGUGGCAGUGUGGGCGCCACGAUGGCGAGCUGCUGCGAGGGGUGGCGCGCCACGGCCUCAGCCAGACCGACGCCACCAUCAUGCAGGAUCCAGAGUUCUCCUUCUUGGCAGCUCGCCUCAGCCACAUGCACAGUCGGGCAGGGAGCACAGGGACGCCCCCACUGCCACCUCCUCCACCACUGCCGCAACCUUCAGGGCUGCCUGUUCCUGGAGCCAGUGCGCCUGCUGUUCCAUCUCCCCUUCUCUUACCCCCGCCUUUACAUGAGCUCCCAGCUCCAUCGCAGCCCCCAGCCCUGACUAUUAAACCUGAAUUGGCUGAUGACUCGGACUCGGAGCUUGACCUCAGCAAGAUCUCUGCUUCUUCGUCCUGCUCUUCCACCUCAGGCUGCUCUGAUGACAGUGAGGGUGAAGAGGUCUCUUGUGGGAAGCUAUUUGAGGAAGAAGAGUCGCUACUGUCCCUGCCCACCUCCCAUGAAGGCAAUUCCCCACAGCCCAGUGCCUCUGACUUGCUGCUGCAGGAGCGCCAGCGUGCCCAUGAGUGGCCAAAGGACCGAGUUCUCAUCAACCGCAUUGACGUGGUGUGUCAGGCUGUGCUGUCCGGGAAGUGGCCCACAACACAGCCAAGCCAGUUGGGUUCCUGCAUUGGCCAAGGAGAAGGCUUCCCUCGCCUUCAUGGAGAAUACACCAGCUCUCCCAUCCCGCACAUUUGCCCCCUGGCAACACAGGAGGAAGGGGCAACCUCUUUCACCCGUCUCCGGCACAGCGGCCAAGAGAAAGAGUUCACUGUACAGAUCAAAGAUGAAGAGGGAAUCAAACUGACCUUCCAGAAGCACAAACUGGUCCAGAAUGGUACUGUGCGCGAUCGCCCUGCUGUCACCCAGAAAAAGAGCAGCAAGAAGAUGGUGGAGCUGGAGUUGCAGUGCCUGGAAGCACUGAGGGGCCCUGAUAUUGAUCUUGAGGCUCGUAUCCCAGUGGUGAACAAAACAGAUGGAACCUUGCUGGUGGGUGAUGCAGCUCCACGGCGGGCUGAUCUUGAAGUGUGGCUACAGGCCCACCCAGAGUAUGCUGUGGACCCUCGUUUCCUGGCUUUCAUGGAAGAACGCCGGAAGCACAGAUGGCCCCGGUUUCCAAAACCGGUUCCGAUUGAGCCAACCUGCUUGGUGGGUCUGCAGGGAGUGGGCAUCUCUGCUAAUGGCAAAAAGGGUUUUCUACCAGAUCCCACAAUGAACCGUCUCCUUCCAGGGCCAGUGGGGGCUGAGAAUGCCCAGAAACGGGGCCGCCAGACCCCUAUGGAGUUCUCCAACAUGAUGGCUCUGAUGGGAGCUGGCCGGGUCCAACUGGGAACUGCUGGGCCCCUCUCCUUGCACCAUGCUCACUUCCAAGCUGGCCCCUCUCCCCUACAGUACGUGCCCUUUUCUACUGCAGCCGCUGCCACUGCCGCUGCCGCAUCCUCCUCUGCCACCCUGCUGCAUCCCGCACUAGGCCAUGCUGGUUAUGCCACAGGCCCCUUGCACCUAGCCCACCCCCAGCCUGUUGAUGAUGAUGAGGACGAAGAUGAGAUGGAUGAUUUGUCUCAGGGCUACGCCAGCUCAGAACGGGACUUCUCCUUGCUAGAUGAUGAUCCAAUGAUGCCAGCCAACUCUGAUUCCAGUGACGAAGGGGAUGAGGAGGGAGAUGAUUGAGCUUUCGCACCCCACCUGGGAACAUUCGGGCGGACGUGUCAUAAGGCCAGCUUGGCUGGGACUAGCCGUCCCCUUGAUGUUGAAUUUGACAGGCCAGAGACUUCAUGUCCACUUGGGGACAUGUGCCAGUUGGGUUGCCCUCGUUCCACAUGGCUCGCAGGGAGAGCGAAGUGGGGUCCUGCCCACCCAUCAAAGGAUGGUUGGACGACUGCUCUCCUAGAAGGGUGCUCCUGUGUGUGGCUUCUGUUUUGUUUUUUUUUUUUUUUUUUUUAAAGAAACGGCUGUUGGUUUGGUCAGUGAAUCUGGCCUCUCCUUCUGGCACUUGGUAUCCAUUGGAAACAACUCCUUGCAUUUGCAAGUCUUGAUCUCCCUGGGACAGUAAAACCACAGCAAAAACCCACAGCAAGGAGUCCCGUCUAGCCAAGACGAUCUGGGUAUAAGUAGCAGCUCCUCUUUUCCUGCCUCCACCUACUACUCCCCACAGCCCUUUCCCUCCCACCCCAGGUUCACGUGCUGUAAGAUAAGUGCAAAAAACGGGGAGGGUGGGUCAGAAUCCUUUCCUUUCCUUCCAUCCCCCUGUCUCUGUGUGGGUGGGGUUUAUAUUUAUAAAUAUGUAAUAUGUCUUGUGUAAUAUGGCAGAAGCUGUGGGAAUGAAUUAUGGGGGAGUCAGGUCACAAAGAGGGUGGGUUUUGGGGUGGCCAGGGGCUGUGAGGGAAGAGAAGCUAGAGCUUCUGUAGCUGGAUUCUCCUUUUUUUCUUUUGUUUUUUUUAAUAAAAGGAACAAAAUGCACACAAAAAAUUCCUUCCCAAUCCUACUUCUUCAUGCUGUUGUAUCAAUUGCAUAAAAAUCU